GCGGUCAAUGGGCAUCUCUACAGGGAAAUAGAAAACAUUCGGGGUCCUUUCCCAGCUUGUAGCGCAACGUGAGAACCAUGCCGAAGUCGAAGAGAGACAAGAAAGUUUCCUUAACCAAAACAGCCAAGAAGGGGCUGGAAUCGAAACAGACUUUAAUAGAGGAGUUGCGGAAAUGUGUAGACAUAUACAGACACGUCUUUAUAUUUUCUGUGGAAAAUAUGAGGAAUAACAAGCUGAAAGACAUCAGGACUGCUUGGAAGCACAGUCGGUUCUUCUUCGGAAAAAACAAAGUGAUGAUGAUAGCUUUGGGCAAAGGACCAACCGAUGAGUACAAAGAUAACAUACACAAGCUUAGCAGGUUCCUUAAAGGGGAAGUUGGUGUCUUAUUCACAAACAAAACAAAGGACGAGGUGCAACAGUACUUCGACAAAUUCAAAGAGACAGACUACGCUCGGGCAGGCAACACAGCGCAGAUGGCGGUGACGCUAGACGAGGGCCCUCUGGAGCAGUUCCCCCAUUCCAUGGAGCCACAGCUCAGACAGCUGGGCCUGCCCACCGCACUCAAGAAAGGAGUGGUUACUCUCAUCAAGGAUUUCGACGUAUGCAAAGAGGGGGACACACUGACGCCCGAGCAGGCUCGGAUUUUGAAACUGUUUGGAUAUGAAAUGGCAGAAUUCAAAGUGUCGAUAAAGUGCAUGUGGAACUCUGAGACGGGGGAUUUCGCAAAGCUAUCAGACGACAGCGAGGAGGGUAUGCAACAGGACGAUGAAGAUGAGGAGGAGGAAGAUGGAAGUGAAUAACUAAUGGACCCUCUAAUGGACUUUGAUAUUAAGGAUCACUGUGUUCAAACGACUCGCCCACCAAACCGUUUGUUUCUGAAUCUUCACGUUUUUGUUUUUCUUCUUUCAUCCAUCGUGGACUUGUGUACAGCGUGAACCGAUUUGUGCCAAUAUGUUACCAUGUAAAAGAUAUUUUGUAAUCGUCACAGCUGGCUAAUACAUUAAAAUAUAAUGUAAGCAGGA